AUGAGCGGACUUAAAGUCAAAACUGACCCUGUCGACAACGUCCGUCGCGACGCCAAGGACGGCGCCUACCACUGCCCCCAAUGCGAUACACCUUUCACGCGAAGGUCUAACCUUCGUCGACACUUCCAGAUCCACACUCGAAACACCAUUCAUAAAUGUGACACCUGCGAUGAAGAGUUCAGCUCCAAACAAGAGAUGCAGGCGCAUACCUCGACGUGCUACCCUUGGAGUCCAACGACUGAUCGAACACUGCGGCCCAACGACAGCUCCUUCGUCCACGACAUCUUUCCCGACAGCGCUGGCGCUCUCUCCUUGACGUCAAGGCCGACGAACACCAUGCCCUACGGCCAGGACUAUCUUUCGUCGUCGGGGUUGUUCCCAAACUUCGAUUCCCCAGAUGCAAGAUAUCAAGGAAACUACCAUGCGCUAGACAUGGCGAUGACCCCUCUCUCUUCGGGGACAAUUGUCCCUCCAGGCUCGCCACUAUCGUCAUUUGAUGGGAAUCCAGCAAGUCAACACACCUUUUCCCAGCGUCGUCCCAGCACAUCCUCCUCACUGAGCUCCUCAUCGGCAUCCUCAUCACCCUUGAGUUACACACACUCCAUCGGUCAUCCGCAUGCUACCUGCUACAACGGGUUUAUUCCCAACGAUUCGCGGCAGCCCAACAUGGGCAAUUGGAACGGGUCAGCGCCGCUUACACCAGUCACUCCGGUCGAGGAGCCAGUGUAUACCCGCCAACAAGUGAAGGACAUGAUUGAUGUUGUUAGCGAGUGCCUGAUUGACACUAUGGAGAAUGUGAUCACUCGGUCGCAGCCCAGUCCUGGCGGGCCAAUUCACUUCCAAUCCGCCUCGGGGCAGCUGGUCCACUCGAUCCGGGAUGCUGACUUCCGACAAACGGUUAUCUCUGAAGCUGUUCCUCGUGUGUUCUACAGGAUACACAGUAGGGGCCUGAACGAUCAAAAACUCUAG